GGGCUAUUUAAGCCCAGGCCAAGGGCUGGCCGGCUGGCAACCCCAGUAGCCUGUCCCCUGAGCUGCCACCAACAUGGAUGACAUCUACAAAGCAGCGGUAGAGCAGUUGACAGAAGAACAGAAGAAUGAGUUCAAGGCUGCCUUCGAUAUCUUUGUCCUGGGCGCGGAGGAUGGCUGCAUCAGCACCAAGGAGCUGGGCAAGGUGAUGAGGAUGCUGGGCCAGAACCCCACGCCUGAGGAGCUGCAGGAGAUGAUCGACGAGGUAGACGAGGAUGGCAGUGGCACAGUGGACUUCGACGAGUUCCUUGUCAUGAUGGUUCGGUGCAUGAAGGAUGACAGCAAAGGGAAGUCUGAGGAGGAGCUGUCGGAUCUCUUCCGCAUGUUUGACAAAAACGCUGAUGGCUACAUUGACUUGGAUGAACUGAAGAUGAUGCUGCAGGCCACAGGUGAGACCAUCACGGAAGAUGACAUCGAAGAGCUCAUGAAGGACGGUGACAAGAACAACGAUGGCCGAAUCGACUAUGACGAGUUCCUGGAGUUCAUGAAGGGCGUGGAGUAGACACUGGCUUUGCACAGAGUUGCCCACGCCUGUUCUCCUAAUCCAGCCGGACCCUGUGGUAGGAGUGCACCCAGGUUCUCUAGACUCUGAACCUGGUUGUGUCCUUGAAACUUUGGCUCUUCUGGACUCUCCCUGUUCCCGUCCCAGGGAACACAAAUAAAUCCUCUCUCCUCGGAGG